CCGCCUUCCGUCCGCUUCCGUAUUCCGCUCCUCUCGUCACCCUCCGCUGUACCCGCCUUUGUCCCCGGAAGAUCUCCGCGUCCUGGAGCCAGCCAUUGUUUGCCUCCUGUAUGGGCACUAAAUAAAGUUGUAUCAUUCAAAAAACCGUUUUUUUAAAGUCGCAGCGUACCGUUUUCAGCUACUCCUUCGCGGCGGCACCCCCUGUAUUCCCGCGGCUGGUGAGACCCAAGCGUGAUGGCGGAGUGUCCUGCGUCUCUCUCAGGACAGGACGUGGGAUCAUUUGCAUACCUUACAAUUAAAGACAGAAUACCACAGAUCUUAACUAAAGCUAUUGAUACAUUGCAUCGACAUAAAAGUGAAUUUUUUGAGAAACAUGGAGAGGAAGGCAUGGAAGCUGAAAAAAAAGCCAUUUCUCUUCUUUCAAAAUUACGGAAUGAAUUGCAAACAGAUAAGCCAAUCGUCCCCUUGGUUGAGAAGUUUGUUGAUACUGAUGUUUGGAAUCAGUACCUAGAGUAUCAACAGAGUCUGUUAAAUGAAGGUGAUGGGAAGCCAAGGUGGUUCCACUCGCCGUGGUUGUUCGUGGAGUGCUACAUGUAUCGCAGAAUUCACGAAGCCAUCAUUCAGAGUCCACCAAUCAAUGACUUCGAUGUAUUUAAGGAAUCAAAAGAACAGAAUUUCUUCGAGUCGCAGGAAUCUAUCAUUGCUUUAUGUACUCACCUUCAGGAGUUGGUGAGAACCAUCGACGAUCUAGAUGAAAAUCAGCUGAAGAAUGAGUUCUUUAAAUUUCUACAGAUUUCACUGUGGGGAAAUAAGUGUGAUCUGUCUCUAUCAGGAGGGGAAAGCAGUUCUCAGAAGAUGAGUAUAAUCAAUUCUCUGGAAGACCUGAAACCUUUCAUCUUAGUGAAUGACUUUGAACAUCUUUGGUCAUUGCUUAGCAGUUGCAAGAGAACAAGAGAAAAAGCGUCUGUUAGGGUGGACAUUAUUCUGGAUAAUGCUGGGUUUGAACUUGUUACCGAUUUGGUAUUAGCCGAUUUCUUGUUGUCCUCCAAACUGGCUACUGAGGUCCAUUUUUAUGGAAAAACCAUUCCAUGGUUUGUGUCUGAUACCACUGUCCACGAUUUUAAUUGGUUAGUCAGACAAGUGAAGCACUGUAACCAUAAGUGGAUGUCCAGGUGUGGGGCGGACUGGGAGCGCUACAUCGAAAUGGGUAGGUGGGUCUACCACGAUCAUGUGUUUUGGACUCUGCCUCACGAAUACAGCGCAAUGUCUCAGGUUGCUCCCGACUUAUAUGCUGAGCUACAGAAGGCACAUUUAAUUUUGUUCAAGGGCGAUUUGAAUUACAGGAAGUUGACAGGUGACAGAAAAUGGGAGUUUACCAUCCCAUUUCAUCAGGCCCUGAAUGGCUUCCAUCCCGCGCCCCUCUGUAGCAUAAGAACACUAAAGGCUGAGAUUCAGGUUGGUCUACAGCCAGGGCAAGGUGAACAGCUCUCAGCCACAGACCCCCACUGGCUGACCACUGGGAAAUACGGAGUGUUUCAGUUUGAUGGUCCACUCUGACACAUCUGGGAAGUCUCCGUGGUACAGAAAGCUCCGUGGGCACCUUUUCACCCCCAGAAGGGCGGUGCGUGGAUUCUGUCACCGAGCUGUUUGCGUUAGCUCUGGGAAGCUCAGCUUCUUGGUGCUCGUGUGCAUUCACUCUGGGUGAUUUUUCCUUUAACAUUUGGCCUGGCUGCUUUGUUUUGGGAAUAGAUGGUUUCAGAUAGCUCCAGAUAUUUACAUUUCUGUUGCAAUUCGUUUAUUUCAAAUGAAAAGCAUAAUUUAAAUGGUUUUAGUGAACUUAUUUUUAAUAGGAUAGAAAGCGAAACAAAAGGGAAUUCUGCCUUUCAGUAUAUGCUGCAUGGUAUUUAAUAUUCUAGGAAGCAUGGGAUUUUGUUUAAUUUGAUUUGGGGCUCUUGAAAUAAUGAAACUAUACAGUUUAAUGACUUUGUAAAGAGGCCUCUCUUACAACUGUGAUGUUGGAAUAUAUGAAACUUACCUCAUAAGUUAAUUCUAACUUUUGUUCUGGAGUUUUAUUUCAAUAGCCUGUUUUAUUUGCAUGCAUUUGUAUUUUGACCUAUGGAAUGAAUGUUAGGAAACACACGUGAACAGAAUGAAAUGAAUAUUUGGAGAAAUGUAUUAUCUUUUACAUUCUAUUUAUGAUAUACAUAAUUGAGAUUAUUUUACCACAUAAGUGUUUUAAAUGAACAAAUUUUUAGUUUGCACUUUUUAAAAAAAUACUUUAGAUAGAAAAUCUUUUAUGCAUCAGAUUUGGAGUACUAUCAGCAAUGCAUUCAUUUUUUAAUAUUCUUACAUGUUUUAUUGAUCAUCACUGUUAGAUACUAAAGACUAAAAUUUCAAGUCAGUUUGUUUUGAAACUGAAAUUGGAAAUAAACCUGGAAAUGGUUUUUUGCACUAGAAUAAAAUGAAUUAUACUGAA